AGAAUAAUUUCACUCCCUCAACUACUUCCACCGAGACCUGCCUGCCUGCCUGCCUUGGUUGCUUGCUUUUAUCUCCCUCUAAAACUCUCAACACACUGCAAAACUCUCAACGACUUGGUCAUUCAGUUCUCUCCACUGUUGUCCAAAUCAACUCCAUCUUCUUCAUUGGUUCCAUCAACAACAAAAAACAAUCUUAAGUUCACCACUUAUCUUUGUGUGUGGAUAUGAAUUCCCUGUUCUAUAAAAUCUAGACUUGGACUUGUCCAUGUUUAUGUUUUAACGCGACAUGUUUUCUUGGUUUUAUCUAAUCCCAACUUCUUCAGUAGUCUGAGUAUUUUCUGGCUUCGGCUUUUCUUUAAAUUCAAUUUUAAUCUUAAGGGAAAAUGGUAGUUGAGCUGUGUUCCGAUAACCCUAGCAGCAUGGGCGUCAUGAGUCCAAGGAUUUCAUUCUCCUAUGAUCUCUGCCAAUCUGAUGUUGCAUCUAUGGAACAGCAAACCCACCCUCUCAGAUCCAAUUCUUCAUCCUCAAGAAUUAGGAACUCGAGCAUGGAGUUUGACUUCUGCGUCCGUGAGAGCUUCGAGCAGGAGUCCUCCUCCGCGGAUGAACUUUUCUCCGAUGGGAAAAUGAUCCCGACUGAGAUCAAGAAAAAGUCUUCCCAUCAGCCAAAGCAGUUGGACCAAAUCAUGCCUCCAUUGCCAACAGCGCCGACUACUAACCAACGUGACACAAAAAUAACUACGGCGAAAGAGAGCAAGAACACGAUGAGUAGUAGUAGUGAAGGUGAUGAGAAGCAGAACUCAAAGUCUUUCUGGAGUUUCAAGAGGAGUAGCAGCUGUGGAAGUGGAUAUGGCAGAACCUUAUGUCCUUUGCCGCUUUUGUCAAGAAGCAAUUCAACCGGUUCUUCAUCAUCAUCAAGUGCGAAGCGAUCGCUGUUUUCAAAAGAGGGUCAGAAUCAGAAGCAGAAUUCCAAUAAAUCUGCAUCCAAAAAGCCCUCCUCCUCCUCCGCACAAUAUUCUGCUGCUUCAAUGAGCAAUUACCAAAAGCCUCCAUUGAAAAAGGGUCAAUAUGGAUCAUAUGGGGGCAAUGCUGCUCCAGUUAGUCCUGUCCUAAAUGUUCCUGCAGCUAAUAUGUUGGGUUUUGGAUCAAUCUUUUCCAAUGGCAAGGAUAAGACCAAGAAGAAAUGAUGAUAUGCUUAUGGGAUUGAGUGAUUGACAUUUUUUUUUAUUGUCUAAUUUAGUUUCUUGGUAUUCUUUUUAUGUGAUUUGUAAAUUUGUUUGGACAUCAUCUGUACGCCGGGGUUUUGAAGGUUGAAGACAAAGAGAUAAAGAGGUGCAUGAAGAGAGGGGACAUACCAAAGGGCAUCUGCAUAAUUCAAGCCACAUGCUUGGAGUGCUAAAAGACAAGGUAACCAUAGUUUUUCUUGGUUAUUCCACAUGCUCUUUUCCUUUUUUCUUGCAUUAUUUGGUCUUCGUUCUCACAUAUAGAUUUAUGUGUAUGGUUUGUAUUUUUAAUUUUUCUCUGAACCUGUAUUAGUGAAAAGUUAGAAUUCAGAGAGGUCUGAUCUAUGUAUUUGAGGAGUCGUUGAAAUUUUCUUUGAACUUGAGUUUGGUGUUUCAUUAUUUUAGCUUGUUCAUUUUUAUUUUAAUGAAUUUUACAUUUGUGUGUA